AACUUCUGACUGAAGAAAAGGCUGCUGCAGUGGCUGGCAGAUCAGCGAUAGACCCUGGGAUAAAACAAAAGAAGUAUGCAAAGUGCAAUCUUCUUUGCUCUUCAGCACAACUGUGGACAAAUGGAGAAAACUCCCAGCAGCUGCCAAAACGAGGAGAAGAAAGGAAAGAUGAAGAGAACUAUCAUUAAGGAUUGGAAAACAAGGUUGAGCUAUUUCCUGCAAAACUCUUCCACUUCUACAAAAACAAAGUCCAACAAAAAAGGAAAGCAACAUACUUACUUCAGACCUUCUCCUGAAGAAGCCCAGCUGUGGUCAGAAGCUUUUGAUGAACUUCUAGCUAAUAAAUAUGGUCUUGCAGCUUUUCGAGCUUUUUUGAAAUCAGAGUUCUGCGAGGAGAACAUCGAUUUCUGGCUGGCCUGUGAGGACUUCAAGAAAAUCAAGUCACCUCAGAAGCUGAUAUCCAAGGCUAAAAAGAUCUACAAUGACUUCAUUGAAAAAGAAGCUCCCAAAGAGAUAAACAUAGACUUUCAAACCAAGAACAUGAUUGCCCAGAAUAUCCAAGAAGCAACACACACUUGCUUCAGUGCUGCACAGAAGAGAGUCUACAGCUUGAUGGAGAAUAACGCGUACCCACGAUUUUUGGAGUCUGAAUUCUAUCAGGAACUGUGUAAAAAGUCACAGAUUACCAGGGAGCCUCAAGGGACAUGA